GUGAAUUACCUUUCCUGGUGGUGAACUAAUAGCGUGUUUAAUUCUUUCUUUAUUGUUAUACUAUAAAAUAGUUAACUCCAUUUUGUAUUUUUUCCACAGCUCUCGAUCAGUGUUCGGAGUCGUCAUCCUUGUCAUAUAGUGGACUAGUAACGAAAACUCACGAGAGUGUAACAAAAAAAACGAUCGUGAGUUCCAAGAGCGUGAGGGACUUAAAUGAGUCGUGAGAACUGAGACAGAGGAGUUAAUCAGACGAUCAGGCGAUCGUAGGGAUAAAUUGCAUGGGAGAACAGCGGAGGAGUUGAAAGAGUUGCAUGCGAGGUGUUGAUCGUCGGCAGUCGAGUGAAUAAUAUUAUCGAACGGAGUGUCUUAUGAUUACUUCCAGUGCGAGCGAACCGGUUGAAGAUUGCCAAAUAAUAAAAAAAAUCGGAGAGAACCACGUGCUACUGGCCGUCCAAAUACCAUCACCGCCAGAGAGAGAUCCCGAGAAAGCUGCAUCGAUAUCUCUGAAUGGUCAUAAGCUCACAGCUCAUCGAAAUCAAUUGAAGAUGAUUCACCAACAGCGUGGUCAGUCAAAAGUGUUCAUAACCAUGGGCAUGAACGAAUCCGAGAAGCUUGCCAGAAGUAUUUCGGAAGAUGACGACCUCCUAGGGUUGCCGGAUGUUCCUAUGGUACCAGAAAAUAUCCAAUCGGAGAAAAAGCGUCAUGUGUUGAUACGUAGUCCUGUUAUGACGAGAUCGAAGGCCGCAUCAACCAACUGAAGCAGUUAAACAUAUAAAAUUAAUAAUCAAACAAAGUCGUAAUACGAUGUCGAAGUUUAUUGAAAUUUUCCUGAUAUAUUUUAAAGAAUAAUUCUUGAUGAAUUCAUCUAAAAAGGGGAGAAUUGUAAUAUCCCAAUGAUUUUGGGUAUUCUGCAUUAUGAGUGCAUUCGAAUUUGUACUAAAAAGAUACUCUCAUGAGAACAAAUAAAGAUAUAGAUCAUUCGAUCAUUAGCCGUUGUCGUACACGGAGACAAAUAAUAA